UUAACAGUUUUGAAAACGUCCAAAAGCAACAAUGAAAUUGUUCAUCGCUUUCUCCGCUGUGUUGGCCGUUGCAGUUGCCGGCGGAGAUUACCAUGUAGAGCACAAGCAUAUUCCAAUUGUGCACAGUGAGUUGUUGCAGAGCAGCGACGGUCAGUUCAAGUACGGUUAUGAAUCGGCCAAUGGAAUUGUCGUGCAGGAGGAAGGCCAUGUCAAAAAUUUGGGCACCAAAGAUCACGAAAGCAACGUCGCUCACGGAUCGUACUCGUACGUUGACCCACAUGGUGUCCCCGUUUCGGUGAGCUAUGUUGCCGAUGAAAAUGGAUUCCAAGCGCAUGGAUCGCACAUUCCCACCCCACCACCGCUACCGAAGGAACUGGUUGAUGCAUACGCCAAGGUCGGAAGCCAUCCAGAGGCACACCACGACGAGCCGGAAGUAUACAAGGGUCACUAA